AUGGUGGCCACAGAGGAGCAGAGGAAAGACCAGGAGCAGAGUUUCUCUUCCCCAGAUGCACAUGCUAUUAAAGAGAUACACAUCUAUUCUUUAGGAAUGACCCUCUACUGGUCAGCAGGGUUUCAUGUUCCACCAAAUCAGCUCCUGCAGCUCCUGCCCUUGCACUCUCUCCUGCUGACCAUGUGUGAAGAGCAGCCUGGCAGGUGGCUACCACUAUAGUUGGUUUUGGAAGCCUGCUGGGUUCAUCAGGAAGAAGGGGCUGUACACUCAGCCUCGGCCAGUGUCCACGUCAAAUGGCUGGUUGGCUUGCUUCUGGGCACCAUAUCUAAGGUGGAAAGGAAAGUUGUGGAAGAAAGCUUCUCUGCACAGGAGGACAGGAGCUACCUGCUCAAGAGUAUGCUGUACCAGACGAGCUAUGAGAGUUCAACAGCAUGGACCCUGGAGGGUCUGCAUCCCAGCAGAGUUUCAGAGACAAGCACAGAGAUCCAGAGUUCUCUGCAGCCCAGUCCAAGCACCUCAACACAUAAUCACUGUAACCUCUCUGUUAACAGGGCUCUUCCAGCUGAAGCUUCCCAUGACCUUCAGGAGGGCAGGAGGCCCAGCUCCAGAUCCACUGUCUCUGUAGCAGCGCAUCACUCAUGGCCAGAAACUCCUUCUCAAAAGUGUUUCCCGAAAAGAAAGGGAAAGGUGAGCAUGAAAGAAUGGAUCCUGCUGGCUAGAGAAGCCCCGGUGACUUUGCAUCUGCCUGGAUCAAUUGUGGCCAAAAAAGGGAAAUCCUUUUUGACUCUCAGGGACCUCUGUGUGGUGCUGCUGAGUGGGCAGUGUCUGGAGGUGAAAUGUGACAUCACAUCCACAGCAGGGGCCAUCUACAAUGCUUUUAUAUCCUUUGCCAACUUUGGGGAGCUGACCCACUUUGGCUUGGCUUACAUGGAAGGUAAGUAGUUCUUUUUACUGGCUGAUGAAACCAGUUUGUGCAAAAUAGCCCUUAAAGGAUGGGGUAAGCAACCACAGACGACCUACUGGAGUACCUUCAUACUCUUCCUGAGGAUCAAGUUCUUUGUCAGUCACAGUGGGCUGCUCCAGUGAAGCUGGACAAGACAUCAAUUUCCCCUGUAGCUUCAGAAAGACAUCCUGGAGGAGAUGUACUGCAAUGAUGAGAUGCUGCUGCAGCUGGGAGUCCUGGCCCUGCAGGCUGAGUUUGGCAGUUACCCUGAGGAGCAGGUAGAAACCAAAGCCUAUUUCCACAUUGAAGAUUACAUCCCAGCAAGUCUGACUGAGAAGAUGACUGCUCUCAGGGUCCAGACCCAAGUCUCAGAGAUGCAUCAUCUCAGUCUUGUGCUCUGGGGACAGGAGGCCAAGCUGGAGUUCUUGAAGGUCACUCAGCAACUCCUGGAACAUGGUGUCUUGGUCCACCAAGUUCUUCCAGAAAAGAUGAGGCUUGAAGGGGGAGUGGCCUUGGGGAUCUGUGCCAAGGAUCUCAUAACAUAUGAAGAAAACAAUAGCAGGAUUGCAAUUUUACGAUUUCAGUGGAAAGAAAUUGGGAAGAUUUUAACUUAUCAAAAGAUGUUCACUGUCACAAGUAGCAUCACUGGAAAAAAGCACACAUUUGUCACUGAUUUGGCCAAGACCUGUAAAUAUUUACUGAGCCUGUGCUCUGCUCAGUAUGGCUGUAAUGCUCAAAUGAACCUGUUGACUUCUUCUUGGUUUGUUUGUAUGGGUGUUGGUGGAAACACCCUAAACGAGGAGAAGAAUAGCACAGCCAGUUCUGUGGUCUUUUCCACAGACACUCUGAGCAGUGGGCAUCAGGGAAGAUUUUCUUCACACAUGCAAGACCAGGAGAGAAAUACUGAAGAACUAGAAGUGGCUGGAGCUCAGAGCUUACUGUUUGGAUAGAGGCCUCAGCUAUGUGCUCUCCCAUUAGAGGGUGCUGGUUCUUCUUGUUUUCCAUCACUUUCAGAAACCAAUGCCAGUGGAAUUUGCUUUGUGGAACUGGUUAAAGAAGAUGGGACACUUGGAUUCAGCAUAACUGAUGGCAUUACCACAGGUGUGACCCAUGGAGGGAUAUACGUGAAAUCCAUCAAUCCUGGAGGACUAGCUGCCAAGGAGGGGCAGAUCAUGCAAGGUGACAGGCUCCUACAGGUUGAUGGAAUGAGUCUGUGUGGCCUAACCCACAAGCAGGCUGUGCUGUGCUUCAAGGGCUCCACGCAGGUUACAAGACUGGCCUUAGAGAGAAGAGGCCCAAGGACUGCACAGCAGUGUCCUUAUGUUAAUAAUGGGAUGGGACUUGAAUGCAUGGCUGUUUCCUUGGCAACAGCCUUGCCUGGCAAGCCUGCAAGCUGUGUCUCAGUGACAGAUGGUCCACAAUUUGAAGUCAAACUGAAAAAGAAUGCCAGUGGUUUGGGAUUCAGUUUUGUGCAGAUGGAGAGAGAGAGCAUUGUGCCACCUCAAAAAUGGUCUUGUGAAAAAAAUGAUCUUGUGAGGAUCAAGCAGCUCUUCCCUGGACAGCCUGCUGAGGAGAACAGGGCCAUUGCAGCUGGUGACAUUCUGGCAAUGAAUGGAAAGCCCACAGAAGGCCUUGUGUUCCAGUUUGGUUUCUUAUAUGAGGUGCUCCAUUUACUGAGAAGGGCCUCACAGGAAGUCAUGCUCCUACCUUGCGACCCUCUUCCAGGUGUCUUGCCUGAGAUGGAACAGGGAUGGCCGAUACUUGUUUCAGACCAAGAAUUUACCAAGGCAAUAUGCACUGACUCAGAGCAGAGCCCAAGCCUGGAUCAAGAGAACAGGUGGAGGGACAGUGCCUCCCCAGAAGUAGGGGGAGGCCUGGGUCUCAGGCCAGAGUCUUGGCAACAGGCCACCAGAGAGGCACAAUGGUACCAAGACAUAAGAAGACCCUGGGCUACUUCCUUGAUGCGUCCUGUGGAUUCCAACCCUGAUUUAUGCAGACAGCAACAGGAAGUAGAGGCUGAGGCAUUGCCUAUCUCUUUGGAAAAAGAUAUGAAGCAAAACUGCUAUUCAGUCUGUGAUAUCAGAAGACUUGGUAAGACUCCCCACAUGUGCAGAGGUUUUGUAAAUGGUGUGCAUUUCAUGGCUAAAAAUUACAAUUGA